AUGUCAAAAGCUCGGAACCAUCGUCUUAAACGCUUUCUAUCCGACUUUACGAUAGGGUUCGCAGAUGGAGUAACUGUUCCCUUUGCACUAACUGCAGGUCUCAGCUCCCUCGGGCGAGUGCAAACAGUCAUUUACGCUGGAGUUGCGGAACUAUGCGCAGGAAGCAUUAGCAUGGGCAUUGGGGGUUAUCUCUCUGCGGUUGAUGAGGCAAUACCGCCGCCAAGUCCCAAUAAGAAUAACGAAGAUGGGAUGAAUGAAGAACUUCACCGUAUGCUGAGAGAGGAUGGAAUAAAAGAAUUAUAUGAGAGUGAGGCUACGGGCCAUACUGCUGAUCAAAGCUCGGGUGUGUUAGCUUUGCUGGACGCCAUCAUCGCUCUGCCAACUCAUUCACAUGAGGUUCAUGCUCUCCUACUGCGGCUCCAGGAGCAGUUACAACACUCGUGUAUUGAGUCAAGCACGGAGUGGGCAGCUGAAGAGGCGACUUUCAUCUCACCCAUAGCGUCGGGGCUUUCCAUAUCGCUAGGAUAUGUUGUGGGAGGAAUCAUCCCGCUUCUGCCUUACUUUGCACUCGCUUCUGUGAGACUGGCGUUGACGUGGAGUGUGGUUAUGUGUUCAAUCGCCUUAUUGGGCUUUGGUGCAGGGAAGAGCUGGGUUCUCACAGGGGAUUCGAGAAAUUGGAAGAGACAUAUUUGGAAAGGAGCGCAGAUGUUGGCGUUGGGAAGCCUAGCUGCUGGAGCGGCAAUGCUCUGCGUUUACUUGAUCGAAAGAGAUUCUACCACGCAAUAA